UUUUCAUUUUGUAUGUAAAAACCCACUUGAGAACCAUGGGCGAUUUAAAAAAUUUACAGCCAGAUUUAUCACUUCUGAAACUUUUUAGAUGCCAAAGUAAUCAAGAAAAAACACAAAUAAUGCCUGUUGAUGAAAUGCAGUGAGCAAACGGCCAAUGUCCGCCAAGCAUUCUGGCUGUUGUUGUCCCUUCAGCUCUCACUUCUAUCUACCAUCAUUUCUCCUCACUUUUGGUAUUCUGAAGUAGGCUAAAUGUCUCACACGCAUAUCCCGAUUUCCAUAAUUAUUUACAGGCAAAAAUUGAAAUUUUCGGCAGGUUUUAACGGGCCCGCUACGCUGGAAACAAUAGUAAGUGCCUACCUGCAGUUCAUCGCGUGUACUCCAUUUGGAGUAGCGUAGCAACAGUACAUGGGUCGUGAUCCGACUGCCGUGAAACCUCCCUAUAACCAUCAAAUGGAGAAAGUGACAUCUGCAUGACAAGUAGUGGCUGUUUCCCCAUCCCUCAACCAAUGAAUAAUGGUUCUUAGAAAUGAUCCACAAUCGAUUCAUGUUUAAGAAGGAACUGCGAAUGCUGGAAAAUCGAAGGUAGACAAAAAUGCUGGAGAAACUCAUCAGGUGAGGCAGCAUCUAUAGAGCAAAGGAAAUAAGCAACUUUUCAGGUCUGAAGAAGGGUCUCGACCCGAAACAUUGUCUAUUUCCUUCGCUCCAUAGAUGCUGCCUCACCCGCUGAAUUUCUCCAGCAUUUUUGUCGACAAUCGAUAUAUUAUUUGUUUCUAUGGUUCGUCUUCACGAGUUUUUGGCUGAUGUAAAUUCACAUUUUGUUUAAGUAAAUAUGAUGACAACAAUUCUCUACAAACUCCUGCAUUUUUAACAAUGACCAUCUCAAAUAUCAAACCAUUCCUUUACUGGUUAAUUAUAUUUGUUAUAAUGAGAGAUAACAUUCCACAAAAUGACAACUUCCAAUGGAAUUACUCCCAAUCACACACACAGGUCAAGAAAAAGCACAUGACAACAAUGGAUCUGAUCCAAAUACCAAACGGCCACGGCAUGGCCUCGAAGAUAGACACAAAAUGCUGGAGUAUCUCAGCGGGACACCCAGCAUCUCUGGAUAGUCAAGUGUUUUAUUGCCAUAUGUCCCAGAUAGGUCAAUGAAAUUCUUGUUUGCUGCAGCACAACAGAAUAUAUAAAGGAACAGGUGACGUUUCGGGUCGAGACCCUUCUUCAGACUCAUACCACUGGGUCGGUUGCAGGCUGCCCAAGCAUGGGCAUAGCCUCUGCGAACACUGGGAUUUGUAGUCCGCACAAUCCCGAUUCCGGAACUGAAUGAGUGCAGAGCGACUGAGUGAAACUAUGUUUCCCGGGAAGCAUUGCGCGCCGGCGUGACUGACAUCUCCACUCCGCGUGACUCUGGUUGCGCUCGGAGCCGCUCGUUCGGCCGGACGGCGGUUGACCGACAGGGCCGUUUCUGAUUGGUGGCAGUAACCAAGGAAAUAGACCCCGCUCGCUCCCCCCCUGUAGUCGGUUGCCGGAUGAAACGCCGCCGCCAUGUUUACGCACGGCCGUGAGAAGGGACGUCGGCUUCAGAAAUAAUAAUAAUAAUAAUAAUGGCGUUAAUGAGAAGGAAACGACGAGGCCGCGAAGGUGGCCGUGCCAAAUAGCCGGAGGAUUUUUUUAUUUAUACGUGAGGAGACUCGCUAGCAUUUAUUUUUACACCGAGAGAGUAACGGGAAGAUACCGAAUGCUCGGAGGGCUGGCGCGUCUAUCGCCAUGAGCCGACCUUCGUCAGCCGGCGGCGGGAAAACAGGGAAACACACGGCGGCGGCCGUGGCGGCAACGGGUGGUGGCGGUGCUGCUGCUGGAGGAGGCGGUGGAGGAGGAGGUGGCGGCGCCGGCGGUAGUUCAACUAUAGCAGCAGCGGCGGCGGCGGCAGCAGCGGCUGCGGCGGCGGCGGCGACGACGGCUGCCGGAGGUUCCACCCCGCCUCAGCCCGAGCUCACUUCCCUCUUCGAGUGUCCAGUCUGCUUUGAUUAUGUUCUGCCCCCCAUCCUACAAUGCCAGGCCGGCCACUUGGUGUGCAACCAAUGCCGGCAAAAACUUUCUUGCUGUCCGACAUGCAGGGGCCCGCUCACCCCCAGCAUCAGAAACCUGGCCAUGGAGAAGGUGGCUUCUACCAUCCCUUUCCCAUGUAAGUACGCCUCGGCUGGUUGUCUCUUGUCGUUGCACCACACGGAAAAGCCAGAGCAUGAAGAGGUGUGUGAAUUUCGCCCAUACAUGUGCCCGUGCCCAGGAGCCUCCUGCAAGUGGCAAGGAUCAUUGGAGGCAGUCAUGCCUCAUCUCAUGCAUGCGCAUAAAAGCAUUACAACGCUUCAAGGGGAGGACAUAGUAUUUCUGGCAACUGACAUCAACCUUCCUGGUGCUGUGGAUUGGGUUAUGAUGCAAUCCUGCUUUGGUCACCACUUCAUGCUGGUGUUGGAGAAACAAGAGAAGUAUGAAGGCCACCAACAAUUUUUUGCUAUUGUUCUUCUGAUAGGCACGCGAAAGCAAGCAGAAAACUUUGCCUACAGACUGGAAUUAAAUGGUAACCGUAGACGCCUCACAUGGGAGGCCACUCCAAGGUCGAUCCACGAUGGAGUUGCAGCAGCAAUCAUGAACAGUGAUUGUUUAGUUUUUGAUACUUCAAUUGCUCAUCUUUUUGCAGAUCAUGGGAACCUGGGUAUUAAUGUUACUAUCUCAAUGUGCUAAUUGCAUUGUUAUAAUACAGCUGUUUACAUGUAACCAAUAGAAUGUUUGUUUGAUUCGGAGGAUGCAGUAGGCAAAAGAAUGCAGUUCUAUAUACUUCUAAGCACCGUGCUUGUGUAAUUGGUGCUCGCCCAUUUGACUGCUUCAUGAAUGCAUGUUGUGGAAUGUAAUGCUCAGCACGUGGUUCCAGAUCUGACUAAGAGAAGAUGGAAACAAAACAGCAAAACCAAUCCAAGUUGAUGAAGCCGUUUUAUAAAUGGUUGUUUUAAAAAAAAGACAUCUUUCCCUGCUUUGUGUUUCUUUAAAUUUACUUGAGGCAAGUUAUUCAAGAUGUAUUUAUAUUACGGGUCCAGUGUAUAGAACUACAUUAUAUGCCACAUCAGUACUUAAAUGCAAAGCCAGUAGAUGCUUGUGCCUAUCUUAAAUAUGCUUCAGGACAACAGUAUCGUAAUAGUUAUUUAUGAAAAUCAAUAAUGUUGAAAUGAAAAGUCAUGGAAUGAAUUUAUUCUCUGUUCUUUGCCAUGGAAACUGGAUUUUGUUGCAAUUUUCUUUUGGGCGAAAAGGCAGGAACAAAGUUGUAAAGAGCAGCAAUGAGGAUUCCCUUUAAGUAAAGCAGUCAAUGAUAAAUUAA